AUGACUUCCUCAAAUGAUCCCAUGGAAAUUGAGCCGAAAGAAAAGAAGUUAGGAAAUAUCCGACUACACGAUGACGAAACCAAGCAAAUCAUCCUUAUACCAAAACCCACGAGCGAUCCCAAUGACCCCCUCAACUGGUCCAAAGCCUAUCGCAUUUACAUUGCUUGUCUCGUGUCCUGCGCUAUCUUCUUUUCCAACUUCUUGGCAGCAGGGCCCUCGGUGGCAAUGGUAGCUAUCACUACCGACUACUUUGGGCCACCGACGGAUCCAAGGUUCACUCAGUGGACUGCCAAGGCUGCCUAUCUAUUCACAGCAACUGCUUUACUCCAGGGCAUGGGAAACCUGUUUUGGGUACCCAUGAUGGUGAAGUUUGGCCGCAGACCAGUUUAUGUCAUCUCCUUCACACUAUAUACUGCUGCCUCUGCAUGGGCUGGUGCGGAGGCCUCCUUCGAUCGUGCCCUGGCCGCUAGGAUUCUGAUGGGGUUUGCUUCUGGUGCAGCUGAGUGCCUGGCUCCUUUGACGAUCGCCGACAUUUUCUUCCUCCAUGAGCGAGGGACAGUCAUGGCAUUUUAUACGGCUGCGCUAUCCGCCGGUGUCGGUACCGGAAUCGUUGUAUCCGGCCUCAUCACCAUUAAUCUUCACUGGCGUCAUAUAUACUGGAUCUCUACAGCUUUGAUUGGGGCUUGCACGAUUCUAAUUAUCUUCACAUUCCCCGAGACCACAUACGAUCGUUCAGAGGGGACAGAACCAGCUUAUUGCGGGCGUGAAGUUGGACACAAAGAUGGCAACAACACUGAAUGUGUCGAAUGGGCAUCUGGGGCAACUAAUAGAACUACAACAAAGAAAGGAUAUUGGCAGAGUCUCAGAAUCUUCUCAGGAAGACACACUAAGGAAAGCUAUUUCAAGCUUGCCAUGCGUCCCGUCGUUAUGCUUGCCCUACCUCCAGUUCUCUGGGCUACUAUUGUCAUGGCUGUUACAAUUGGCUUCUUGGUUGCUAUCACAUCCAACUUCGCUAUUGCCUUUAAUCAGGUUUAUGGAUUCGAGGCCUGGCAGGCCGGUUUGUGUUUUCUUGCAUCCCCAAUCGGCGCCCUGAUUGGGGCCUAUUUUGGAGGCCAUCUGAGUGACCAGAUUGCGGAUCGCGCUACGCAUCGCAACGAGGGUAUCCGAGAACCUGAAAUGCGUCUUCCGGCUAUGACGAUUUCUGUCCUAACAGCUCCCCUCUCUCUUGUGCUCUAUGGUGUCGGCAUUGGAAACGGCAUGCAUUGGAUGGUUCCUACCUUGGGCUUGGGCCUCUUGGGCUUUUCGGUUGUUCAGGCCACGAACAUCACCCUAGUUUAUACUAUUGACGUGUAUCGCCCUAUUGCAGCCGAGAUUACCGUGACACAACACGCCUUCAAAUCGGCUUUGGGAUUUCUGCUAUCCUUCUACACUAACCCAUGGAUUGAACAAGCUGGGUAUCAAAAGUCUUUCGGUGCUAUGGCUGGCAUCUCGGGAGGAUUCAUUCUAUUUUGGGUUCCUUUCUACUUGUGGGGAAACCACAUCAGGAAAGCCACUUGGAGAUGGAACUUCGUGAAAGAACUUGCUCAUUGGCAUGAUGACCGGGAAGUUGGUGAAUAG